UAUUUAUUCUACCGCCGUUUCUUCUUCAGCAGCAGAUGAUGAUCAACCCGUCCAUCAUCACCUCCCUGGACAACAGUAUCCACGACACGAGUCCGGUACAGGAUCCUGUAAAGUCCUGGACCAGGUCCAGUGUUGCCAGCCCCUCCAACUACAUCUCGUCUUCCUCCUCUGGGGUGGAGAUGCUCGUCUGACCCCGUUUCUCUCCAGUCCAGCACUUUUGUGGAUGCUCUCCCUGCUCCCAUUCAUCCCUGCUCUCCUGCGUGGUCGACUGCUACCUGUGGAGGUUCCCCGUUUCCUCUCCUCCCCUGGUUCUCAUUCUGCCAUCUGUCGCUCAGAGUGCUGCCCCACACUGAGGCACGAUGCUGGGACUGGACGCCUGUGAGUUUGGGGGUCAGGUGCUGGAGCUGCUGUGGCUGACGAUGUGUUACAGAGGUGAGGAGGUGGAGAAUUUGUCUGAAGAAUCCAAACGUAUCGGACUGUUGACUGGGAAGGAGGACCUGGGCAACAGUGAGGAGGAGGAGGACGAGAGGCAUCUCAAUUACAAUCACCCGCCUCUUAAGACUUUGCAGGAGAUUAGGGAGAUGGAUAAGGAGGACAAAAGUCUGACCAAGUACAAGCAGACGCUGCUGGGGACGGGUCCGGUGACAGAAGAUCCGUCUCAGCCCAAUGUCUGUGUGACCAGAAUGACUUUAUUAUGUGACCAGGCUCCUGGAAACCUCAGCAUGGACCUGACAGGAGACCUGAGCACUCUGAAGUCGAAGAGCUUCACCCUGCAGGAGGGAGCGGAGUACAGACUAAAGAUCCACUUCAAGGUGAACAGAGAAAUAGUUGCUGGGCUGAAGUAUCAUCACGUGGUCCACAGGAAAGGAUUACGACUGGAUAAGGUGUCUCACAUGGUGGGAAGUUACGGCCCGAGAGCAGAAGAGCACGAGUUUGUGAGCCCAAGUGAUGAGGCGCCUAAAGGCAUGAUGUCACGUGGUCUGUAUGAGAUCAAGUCCUGCUUGGUCGAUGACGACAAGAACGUCUACUUGUCCUGGGAUUGGAACCUGAAAGUCCAAAAGGAUUGGGAUGACUAAGGAGGUAAAGAAGAGAAAUGGGUGAUGCCUCCUCUCCUCUCUCCCGUGUUCUCACCUCCCUGUCUUCCCUCCCCUCGUUUGCCCUCUCGUAUCCUGUAAGAGUAGCCAUCACAUAGACCGGCGGUCCUGUUUUCCUCCUUGUUCAUCCUCCUGUUCCUUCUUCCUCUCCUCUGUGUCUCCUAAAAAUCUGUGCCAUCCUGAGACUUUUAAAGAAGAGAAUCCUUCCCUGCUUCAUGUCCUCUAUAAUCCAUUUACUGACUCUUUUUUUUUUUAAUGCAUUUAUUUCAUACAAUAGCAGUGGAUUAAAGGGAGGUGGUUAAAUAGUCAGCUGAGAAGGGGAGUGGGCUACAGACACUUAACGACAUCCUUGGAAGACUCCUUUACCCCCACGGUCAGUUGUUGUGUUUGUGUAAUUGUUGGUAUAAGGGAGUUGUUAAUUUCUAUUCAGCCAUUGACUUUAUAUGGAAAUAAGUACAGGCCUUUUGUAUGUAAUUUAAAAGUAAGCAAUCUGAAGUUGUUCAUUUAAGGGGCUUCUCUGGUCGGAAACCCCUUUAAAUGAGAGGUGAAACUCAAGGUCGGGCAGGUCAAGUCGCAAACUUUGACGCAUCCAGGGAUUGGAACAACCUGGAUGACCUAGACCCUCCACACACCUGGUUACAAAUGUCUUAGACAGGAAGUAGCUGACCUGGUUUUCAGAAUAAAAGUGUUCUCUGUGAGGUUCAAUCCUUGGCCCCCAGUUCUGGUCUGACUUUCCUGCUUUUGUUCUUUUUUUGACUGUUCAGGCUCCAUGAAUUCCUUGUGAAAAAAAAAACCUAAAUAAUCUGUUCUAAAGAAAGCUACAUCCAUUUUUAAAAAAUGUUUAUGCACAUAUUGUUUGAAUGAACAGCAAUGAAAGUAUAGGGGAAAAAAACAGGAGAUUAAAAAAGAAAAACCUCCAAAAAGGUCUUAACAAGACACAUGAAAAUAAAGAGAAGUUAAAAUUUUCAUAAUUCACAUUUUCUAUAUUUAAUUCCAUGGUGUGGUGUAUAAAACAGAAUGAUCUCCUGAUUAGUGAAGAGAUGAAGAUAUUAUUUCUUAAAAAUAUUUUUUUGUAGUAUAAACAAAUCACACUCAUAUUUUCCAUCCAAAUACAUGAACUGCCGUUUUUUUUUCUCCUUUCUGAAGAAUGAAAUCCUACCAUUCAUAUGAGCUCGUACUGCAGACUGACAUGAGAAGAGUGAAAUAAUCCAGGUUCACCUUUUUGUCCACAUUGAGCGUCAUUGUGUUUUCACGGCUCUCUGUUCCCAAGUCUUUGAGGAGCUUUUCUACAGAGCAGACAAAGAACACACUGUAACUGAACUGUGUAUAUUGUAGAAAGAGACGCAUGUACUGUAUGUCCUUUAGGGUUUGAUACUGUGCACAUAGUGAAAAGAAACCAAACGACCCCUCCCGCACACAAGGACAUGACUGUGAAUAGAACUAAUGCUUUGAACAUUUAGACGAAACAUUUACGAUAGCUGCCCAAGACUGACAGACCGUGAAGCAAGUCCGUCGGGGGAUACAAAGAAUUCCCUCGGAAAGGAUUCAAAAAACAAACAAACAGUACAGUGUAUCGUUGUGUUAAGUCUUUGAAUAUUGUUACCAAUGGAAAUUGUUGUGAUCUCAAUCUAACUGUAAAUGUCGGCUUGUUGGGUGUUGCAUGGUUUAAAAAGACUCUCUUUCUCUCUCUCUCUCUUUCUCUCUUGCUUUCAGCAGUAACAACUUUAUUGUAAAAUUUAAUGUGGUUUUAAAAAGAGAAGAUAAGAUAGUGAUGCAAAUUAAAGACCUCAGUUGUGGUGAGAUCCUGCAGAUACAGUAUUUACAGGGAUGGCUUUAACGACACAGGCAGCAGCAGCAGCAGUAAUCAGCUGUGUUUCACGUCCCCCAGUCUGUACCAAUCACGUGCCACAUCUUCAAAGAUUGGUGUCUAAUUUAGCAUCCUGUAUCUUUAAUAAAGGCAGUGCAAACCACCA